AACUGGUCAUACACAAGCAUUUCUCAUUCUCAUCCAAAUCACCUCACGUUUGAGCUGUCACGACGCAGGAGGGCAUUUCUUGUGCUGUAGACUCCUGGAUUUUAAAAUGGGUAUAUUCCACUGUCCAUUUCGUAGAUGCCUAAUCCUGCCAUCAACCAUUAUAAUCUUAGAGCCAACACUAUUGAUAGUUAACCAAGAGAAAUCGCCAGCCCAGAUGAAUUACUUCACAUUAUGGAUACCUGUAACCAUUUUCUUCACCAUAAUAACACAGAUAAAGCUAGCUACAAGUCAGAUUCCAACAACUCUCGAAGGCCCAUUUAAGCCGGUAACUCGCACAUUUGAUUCUUCAUUGCGGAGAGGAAGUGAUGAUUUGCCAAUGGACCAUCCACGUCUUAAGAAGAAUGUGACGGGAAACUUUCCGGAGCAGAUAGCACUGGCUAUCUCUUCACCAACUUCAAUGUGGGUUUCUUGGGUCACUGGGGAUGCACAGAUCGGGUUAAAUGUAACUCCUCUUGAUCCUGCUUCUGUGGCCAGUGAAGUUUGGUAUGGAAAGGAAAGUGGAAAGUAUACAAGUAAACAGAAGGGGAAUUCAACUGUUUAUGGUCAAUUAUACCCCUUUGAGGGACUUAUGAAUUACGCUUCUGGCAUCAUUCACCAUGUCAGGAUUGAUGGUCUUGAACCUGGGAUAAAAUAUUAUUAUAAAUGUGGGGAUAGCUCUAUCCCAGCUAUGAGUGAAGAGCAUGUCUUUGAAACUUUACCAUCAUCUAGUCCAAAUUCAUAUCCUCAUCGAAUAGCUGUUAUUGGAGAUCUGGGCCUUACAAGUAAUUCAUCAACCACCAUAGAUCAUCUGGUCAUGAAUGAUCCUUCAUUAGUUUUAAUGAUUGGAGACUUGACUUAUGCAAAUCAAUACCUUACAACCGGUGGGAAAGGAGUCCCAUGCUUCUCUUGUGCAUUCCCCGAUGCACCUAUCAGAGAGACAUAUCAACCCCGUUGGGAUGGCUGGGGAAGGUUCAUGGAGCCACUAAUAUCAAGAGUUCCUAUGAUGGUCAUUGAAGGGAACCAUGAGAUUGAACCUCAAGUUUCUGGGAUAACUUUCAAGUCAUAUUUGACUAGAUUUUCAGUUCCAUCAGAGGAGUCUGGCUCUAAAAGUAACUUCUACUACUCUUUUGAUGCCGGUGGCGUGCAUUUCAUCAUGUUGGGAGCAUAUGUUGACUAUAACAGUACUGGUUCUCAGUAUGCUUGGUUAAAGGAAGACCUAAAUCAAGUAGACCGCACUAAGACCCCUUGGCUGGUAGCUGCUUGGCAUCCACCUUGGUAUAAUAGCUAUUCCUCACACUAUCAGGAAUUUGAGUGCAUGAGGCAGGAAAUGGAAGCCCUUCUUUAUCAAUACCGCGUUGACAUUGUUUUUUCUGGUCAUGUGCAUGCUUAUGAACGGAUGAAUAGAAUCUAUAACUAUACAUUAGACCACUGUGGUCCUGUUUACAUAACUGUUGGAGAUGGUGGAAAUAUCGAGCAAGUUGAUGUUGAUCAUGCAGAUGACCAUGGAAAAUGUCCUUCAGCUGGAGAUAACAUACCAGAAUUUGGGGGAGUAUGCCACAUUAAUUUUUCUGCUGGCCCUGCUAAGGACAAGUUUUGUUGGGACAAGCAGCCAGAAUGGAGCGCAUUCAGAGAAAGCAGCUUUGGACAUGGAAUACUUGAGGUUGUGAAUUCAACUUAUGCUUUAUGGACUUGGCACAGAAAUCAGGAUAUUUACAAGAACAAUAGUCAUGGUGAUCAAAUAUACAUUGUGCGACAGCCUGAACUGUGCCUUCCCUCAACUUCUUCCAAAGUGAUUUCCAUAUCCAAAUUUUAAUCCCUGUUGACCACAUGAUAGGGGAGUAACUAUACUCAACUGGGAGGUAUAAAAAACGGAGCGGCUGACAUUUCCAAGUGGAUUUGGUUGACAACAUUAAUCGCCCUGGUUGCCAUUGUUGUUACCUGAUCAUCGCACUGAUUCAGCACUUUGUACGAUCAAUUCAAAAGGGUAAAAAUAGCACACUUGUACAAUGCUUACUUUCAAUAUCACCAUAAACAGUUGAACACUGUCUAUACAACAAAAACAGUUUUAUUUUGACAAUGCCAAUCAAUCAUCACAUUUUAUAA